AUUAAUCUCAAAUUGUAGAAUAGUUAUCAAUUUGAAACAUCGAACCGAACAUGUGUGACAUUUCAUGAAAAAGAAUCAAGCCAAACUGCGAUGUUUGAAACCUCUCUCAGGUUUAUUUUUUUCGUAAUAUGCACUCCAUACCUGUGCCAAGCGUUCUCGAGUGAAGAUGAAGAAGAAGUGAAACCCAAAGAAUGGAAUAUCACACACGAGAUGACCAAGGCUGGAAUUAUCCCCAAAGUGCUACCCCACGGACCCGAACAACUCCUUAAGGUAUUCUUACCACAUGGUUUUCUAGAUCCAGGUAUGAUGUUGCUUCACGAACAUGCCAUUUCGGUACCGGGAAUUGUUUAUGACGCUCCUAAUGACACGUGGAAUGCGCUAUUUAUCGUUGUUAAAGAAAACUGGGACCCGGAGGAAAAAUUAGCCAGCCGAUCGUAUAACGCGACUCUUCCACCACCUGCCAAAAACGAAUGGCAUCAAUUGGUCGUGCUGAAUAUUCCAGGGAACGAAUACAUGAAGGGAAGAACGAUUCUAAAAUACGAUCCACCUUAUCACGAUUUAGAAGAAGAAAUCGUUGAUCUUCACCUUUACUUGGUGUACAGACAACCUCGGGAAUUUGAAGUUCAUCGUAAGACUAGAAUGAUUUCGAAAAAUGAUACACUAUUGGCCUCGCUCAAUGAUUACAUCAGAUUCUACGACCUGACUGGCCCGAUUGCUGCCAACUUUCAUUAUCGUCGUUGGUUACAUCCACCUGGUUUCCAGACCCCGGUGUACCCUAUUUUAGAAGUAGGAUAAUCUUUUCGAAAGAAUAGCACCGUUUUUCUAAUUUUUACCUACUUAUUCGAUUAUUUAUCUGUGUAAAUUCAUAAUGACUGCUUUCAAAUACAAAAUUUUCCGAGUC